AUCGGGAGAAAACAGAGAGAGGGGUAACUAUGAUGAAAUUCCUCUCUUAAAAUCGAUGCUCAUCUCAACCGCCGACUUCAAUCGGUGUUCUGCCUUCUUCCCUCGCAACAACUGAUGGAGAUAUUUAAACAAGGAGGCGCGUCGCUGACUCAAGAGCCGACAAACAAACCUAUAGGCAUCCAAAACCACGAUGGACGAAGAAGAAUUGAACAACACGAUGAAAAACAUGGCGAUGGCAGAGACGACCGGCUCUUAAGAUUGAGGAUACCGACCAUGAUUAGCAUACGAGAAAUAGGAAAUAAAAUGUAUGGAGCAUGCUGCUCAAGAAGUGUCAACCCCAAAAUGCCAUUUCAGGGAAUAGUUUUAGAUUUUCCAGAUUUUUUGGGCCCCAAAUUGGAACAAGGUUAGAGGCACGUCGGAGACCUGAAACCGGUGAGUGAUGACCGUAGACGCCGGACGACCAUUAAUGGCGAGUAGCUAGGAACGACUUCUGGGCAACAGUACAUGGAGCAUAGCAACCACAUUUGAGGAAUUUCAUGGGAAGGUAAGGAAUAGCUAUGAGCAUAGCUUGAGCUUUAGCAAGGAAAGUAUUAGUCAGUGGAAGAGGGAAGGCCACCAUAACACUAAUUAAUUGACCAGCAGAGUUGCGAAGAAUAGCUCCUCCGCUUUAAUUUACCAGGAGGUAAGACCAUUUCAGAAUCUUGAUUUGCUUUUUAGGGUAAUCCGGAGAGAUGUCAGCUUCAAUAAACCUUGUCAUGUGCUGGGUAAAUUUCUUUCCCUUGACAGAUGCACUUCAAAUGAAGAAUAGCAAAUCUAAGCCUAAUAGCCUUAAAUUCUUUACAUUGGAGAAAUAAUUUAUUUUCAAAGGAAAUAUUCUCUAAAAAAUAAAGGGACAUCUUAAAGGCAAUUUAUUGUAGAAUUUUAUCAAUUUAUCCACAAAAGGAAUUACAUCAUGAAAGAGUUUCCAAAGAAAAACCUUGAUGCUAUUUUUUUGAGUAGUAUUAUAAAUAAAUUUGUUAGAUAAGAGAGCUCCCUGAGAUUCUAUACAUUCUUCAUAUCCACUCUUCAGAGUGAAAACACCUCCAGUGGGAAUCCAGGGCCAGUAAUUUGAAUAUUUCAUCUCUCACCAUAAAAGGUAUUAAAGAAACAAAUCAUUAUUCAUCCAGGAGAGUCAUAGGAUUUAGGUGUAAAAUGGUUUUUUUGCCAUAUUUAGCAAACAUGAAAGAGCUCCAUACAGCAUCUUGAUUAAUGUAUCUCCACUUUUUUUUACAGGGAAAGACUUUUGAAUUGUGUCAAUGUUGCGUACGGAAAAGAAAUUUCAGUCUUGAAAGGCUAAAUUAUGCUUCAUGUGUAUCGUAUUUACAGUUUUUGUGAUUUAAUAUUUAAAAUCCGGUUACUUGGAUGCUUUGUUGAAAGUAGAUUGAAUCAUGGAGAUAUAACUUUAGAGAAAAACCUUCACUGCAUUGAUUGUUACUCAGUCUUUGCGGACAAGGCCUUUUUUGAGUUUAAUAAUAAGUCACAUUCUUUUAAUAAUCCCGUGCAAAAAUACAUGUAUCAAGGUGUUGAAAAUUAAAUGUCUCUGAUGUCGAGAAAUUGAUGGGUUGCUAUAAUUCUGUUUAAUAAGUCACAUUUAUAUUUCCUCUCUUCCAGUUUCAUUAAGAGCUGAAACAUUACAUUAGUUCAAAGUUUUUGACCUUCAUUUCUGCCCAUAACGCUUUCAUCUAUUUGCACUUAAACAUAAAAAAAAUGAUACAAUAAAUAGAAAAUUUAACCUUUGUGGUGUGGAAUUAUACAUAGUUAUUAGUUACACUUGAUUUUGAUUUUGAAGAUCAUGUACUAAACACUAUCAAUUUACUAGACAUUGGAAGCACGAUUUUCUAAAAAUUCCAAAGUUCCAUUCUUCUUUCUCUGCUCUAUUUUCUUAUGGUCAUCAUGUGUAUUUAGGGGCUUUCAUUUAGGUGUUAUCUUUACCUCACUUUAGCUUCCCCCUUUGGUGCAGGCUUCAAGAAAUAUUAUCAGAGUAGGUGAUGCAAAGAGAGGUUCGACCAAAGAGCUCAGGGCAGCAGACUACUCUAGCUGCUCACUUCAGUCUCGCCCAUGAACGACGGUUAAAUUCCGGAAGAGAACUCUGGACGACGGUGUAGGCAGUGGACAAAUACAGGGUAAUGCUCUUUUAUUCUUUCUCAUCUAUUUUCUUCAUAAACUAAGUGCAGACACUCAAUUUAUCAUCUUUGGCACUUUGGGAUUUUAGAUUGUUUACCUCUUUGGCCUUUUGGGGGACUAUUCAAAUGAUCUUUUCUAUUUCAUUUGAGUGAUUUAAAAUAUAUGUCAAAUUGGAAUGUUGCUCGGAAUCUUGCCCAAAUUGUAACAAUCGAGACAACUCAGUUUAUCAUCAUUACAACCAAGGUAUUAGUAAGUGUUAAUGUGUAGAAGUAUAUGGUUGCAAUUUUUGUUCUUAUUUUGAAGAUUGUAAACAUGGAAAAGAAAAGACGAAGAUGUUA